UUGUGUGCAUACAUAUAAUAAGAUUAACAUAUAAGUGUGAGUUGUAGAAGAUAUAUAGUUGUAUUAUUUAGAAAAAUGGGAAGUUUUAAAGAAGAGAGGAAAACUACAGGAUGGGCUGCAAGAGAUACUUCUGGCCUUCUUUCCCCUUAUACCUUCACACUCAGGAAAACUGAGGCGGAAGACGUGUUUAUUAAGGUCAUAUGUUGCGGCGUUUGCCAUACUGAUUAUCAUCAGAUUAAAAACGACUUAGGGAUGUCGAAUUACCCCAUGGUUCCAGGGCAUGAAGUAGUUGGUGAAGUGGUAGAAUUGGGAACAAAUGUUAGUAAAUUUAAUGUUGGUGACAUCGUCGGAGUUGGGCUUCUAGUCGGGUGCUGCAACCAGUGUCGUCCUUGUCAGGCGGAGGUGGAGCAGUAUUGCAAUAAAAAGAUAUGGACUUACAACGACGUUUACACCGAUGGUAAACCCACUCAAGGCGGAUUUUCUAGCUCCAUGGUCGUCCAUCAAAAAUUUGUUGUCAAGAUACCGGAUGGGAUGUCACCAGAGCAAGCAGCCCCAUUACUAUGUGCUGGAGUAACUGUCUACAGUCCAUUGAGCCACUUUGGUCUCAAAGGUAGCGGGUUGAAAGGAGGUAUACUUGGGCUAGGUGGAGUUGGACAUAUGGGUGUUUUAUUUGCGAAAGCAAUGGGUCAUCAUGUGACCGUUAUUAGCUCUUCUGACAAGAAGAGAGAAGAGGCUAUAAACGUUCUUGGAGCUGACGAGUAUCUCAUCAGCUCUGAUAUAGAUAAACUUAAAGAAGCCGUUGACUCACUUGACUAUAUUAUAGACACAGUCCCAGCACCCCACCCUCUUGAUGAAUACCUUUCAUUGCUUAAACUCGAUGGGAAAUUAAUUAUAUUGGGUGUCAUCAAUGCCCCUUUACAGUUUAUCUCUCCUUUGCUUAUGUCUGGAAGGAAAACGAUCACGGGAACAUUUAUAGGAAGUAUGAAAGAAAUCGAAGAGAUGUUGGAGUUUUGCAGGGAUAACGAGGUAAAAUCGACAAUCGAGAUGGUUAAGAUGGAGUAUAUAAACACCGCAAUGGAAAGGCUAGCCAAGAAUGAUGUUCGAUAUCGAUUUGUGGUAGAUGUGGCUGGUAGCAAACUUGAAGAUGAGUAAGUGAAAAUUGAUGUAUAUAGGGUGUAUUUGGUUUAUAGGCGUGAGAAUAAAAGAAUGCAUUGAAAGUGUUUGGUUGAUUGUUUUAGGAUUAGACAUUGGAGAUCAAAUCCGUUAAAUAGUUAUAGUUAUAUUAUAUAAACCCACCAAGAGUGGUACGUUUCAAAA